GUUUUAGAGCUGAUGUCUUUAGAUGUCAUUCCUGGUCAUCCAAAUGACAGCGAGGUGGUUCCGAGUAGCCGCGGAGCGGAGUUGGGGGCGGCUACGGGGAGGAGGUGCCGCGGGCGGAGCAGAGAGCCAGGGCUGGCAGGGGCAGCGCGGCGCGGGCGGCAGAGUAGCGGGUUGUGGCAGUGCCGGGCGGAGCUGCCGCAGGUGUGGCGCGAACACAUCUGGAUCGUUGGUUGCUUUUCCAGCCCGUACAUCUCUCUGCUACAGUGUGAAAUUUCAGCCGGAGAAAAUGCAUUUUCUCAGUUUCUUUCCUCUUUUCUUCUCAGCAGUCGCUGUGAGCAGAGCUCAGGUGCAGCAGGAACCGUCGGCACAGACCAGCGAGGGCACAGGCAUCAACAUCACCUGUUCACACCCUAACAUAGGAAACACAGGAUACCAGGAGUACAUCCACUGGUACCGUCAGCUCCCGGGCCGAGGCCCCACAUUCCUCGUCAGUGCUUUUAAAGGCUCCAAGGAGAUUCCGGAUCAGGCGGGACGGCUGUCGGUGUCGGAAGACCACCGCUCCAGCGCCCUGUGGCUCGCCCGACCCCGGUUCGCGGACGCGGCGAUGUAUUACUGCGUGUUGGUAGCACGGGGAGUGGAGCCGGGGCUGCGGCCGGGCACGAACCGCUUUGGGCGUGACGGGAGUACAGUGCCGUCCGGGCCCGCAGGGGGCGCAGCGUUCAGGGCCACCAAACUCCAUCCUGACUAGAGUGCACCUUCCUGUCUUCUUGACAGUCAGACACAUCUGUGUUUGAGGUGAGCAAGAUGGCACGAAUGACAAUACAGGCUCCGUUGUACACCACGGAGAUGUCCUCACAGUUCUACUACGUCUGCUAUCAUCUCUUUCCUCCCUGUGCCACACUGAUGAUAGCAGAAGGAACCCAGUUUCUACGAGGCAGCAGAGUGGCUUCUACCUAUGGCCUCCCACACAGCUGAACCUUUUUAUAUGAGCAGAGCAGUUGUUGUGUUGUCCCUACAAAUAACCUUUGGGCUGAGUUAUAGGUAUAAAUGUUGCAAAUAAUGGCUGAAAUUGUUCUGCCAUAGGCAGAGAGAUCUCCAGCUGCAAGGAACUGUGCACAAGACAGCAGCCUCUGCAGCGUGCCACAACCUCCCAUUCUUCUGGCAAUGGAAGGGGUUUCAAUAAACACUCC